AUGAACGGCGAAAGCGAACAACAGACGCCCCUUCCUGCAGAAGCAGAAAAGGGACAAGUCCCGUCAGUGUCAGAAAAGGGGCACAAAGGAACCAACACCCGGCGCAGCCGAUAUGCCCCAGAUCGCAGAACCCAGGACCGAUACCCGAACUCGUCCGACUUCAUUAUAUAUGUCGACGAGGAGGACACCGCCUUCAGCGACGCCAAUCUGUUCUCGCUGCCCUUUCCACCCUCCCCCAUGGAUGUCUCUGGCAGCUCAAACCCCCUCGGCUACGAUGGUGCCAACGACGAUGACGAGGACGAAAAGGACAUGGAGGAGGUAGACGAGAACGAACCGCCGCCACUAACAGCAGCGCCAGUGGCACCUCAACGGCAGGCACACCAACAUCACCAUACCACCCAGACCAACAGGUUCCCCCCGCUGCAAGGUCUGGGCGACAGCGCCCUAGGCGGCUUCCUAAACCUCGGACCCAGCCAUUUCCAUAACAACACUCCGGAACACGAGUACCAAGACGAAGUAUUCAUCAGCGCUCCCAACGAGAGCCUCGAAAACGACAUGUUGCCCACAAACGGCCUAGACGGGCUGCGAGGAUACCGUGACGUCCUGGUCGAGACCGUCGACGACGACCACGACGACCCGGUCCCGGAUCUCGUCCAUGAGACCGCGUCGGCUGGGUCUGGGUCUCCGCGGCCGCGACAUGUUGACUUAUUCUUCGCGCCUCGCACUCCGAGUCCCGUGCAGGCGAAGAACAUCUCGCGGCGCCGACGCCAAGUCCGGAAGGUGACGCCGCCACCGCGUACGGAUACACCUCGUCGGCGGCUCGUCUGGAGGCCUCAGUCGGCUCCCAACAUCUUCCUCCGGGACCGCAGGGAAUUCGAGGAGGCCCGCCUCGCGUGUAUCUGGUACUCUCAAUCAGCGAGACGGCGCCCCAAUCCCGAGAUUCGACGGUUCCUGCGGCUCCGGCGCGCGGCAGAUAGUCUGUUGGAACUUGUGGGGUAUGCUGUGCCGCCGCUGUCUGAGGCCAUGAAUGACCUGCUGCUGGAGAACGGGUUUGAUCCCUGGGGGGAGGAGGCGUCUUGGUCGACUGCCCAAGGGGGAGAGGAAGAGGGAGAUGACGAUGGGGAUGGCCAUGUCGAUGAGGAAGGGCCGCAAGGCGGUGAGGAUGUUUCGAUGCUGGAUAUAGACGAGGUCGCGGACGUGGAAGACAAUGUGGAACCAGGCGCUGAUGCCAGUGGUGAUGAUGGUAUCCGCCUCCAGACCGUCAUCCCAUUGAGCCAGAACAACGCCAACGACACCAGCGACUCCAGCAUCAUCAUCCCCAGCAGCUUCACCCCCAUCAACCGCAAGCCCCCCAAACCCGCACCCGCACCCGCACCCAAGUACAAGCCCAAGCCCGGCGUCCCCGCGAGCCGCAUCAGCCCCUCGGAGUGGCGCGCGAACCAACGCCAGGCCAUGGAGGCGGUGGCCAGCUGGGAGCGGAAACGCAAGAAGCUGAAGAUGUCUAGGGACAGCUUCCACGAGGGCAAACUCGAGGAGGAAGAGGGAAGGGUCGAAUGGGCAGCGGGGCGUCUUGGAUCCGGCCAGCAGGGUUUGGAUGCGGGUGUUGAGGUUGAGCGUGAUCCUGAGGACGACGACGAUGACGUCCAGAUGCUCGAUACCUCACUCAUCGAUGCCCAGAUGCUCGACGCUUCACCCAUCGAGGAUGUCCGCGGCGCCGAAGCGAGUACCGCUGAUGAUGACCCCAUGAAUCCAAGCGGAGACUCUACCGUCCUCCACCACGAGGACGCUUUCGCCCACGCCCGCGCCCCCAGCCCAGACGAAAUUUCAAUCCAACUACCGACAAAAGCUGACCCCAAAGCCCCCUCAAUCGCAGGAGCAGAAACAGAAGCAGAAGCCCAACAGGGCCGCGCCGAGCGCCGCCAAAUGCGCGCCGCGAUCCGCAUCGGGCUGGCCGCCGACGGGCUGGAAUACAAUGAAGACAACAUACGCCAAUAUGGCGCCUCGCCCACGCAGCUGGGCUGGGGAGAGUCCAGCAGCGACGACAACGACGACGGCAAUGGCAACAAACCCCCCGGCGAAACCCCAAUCCAACACCCAGCAGAAGCAGACCCCGGCGCCACCUCAACAGUCGACGCAGAAGCCCAACAGCGCCGCGCCGAGCGGCGUGAGUUCCGCGCCAACAUCAAAGCCGGGCUCGCCUACGAAGGGCUGCCCUACGACGACGACAACAUACGCCAAUACGGCGCCUCGCCCACGGCGCUGCAGUCGACGCCCGAGGCCCCCGACGAGACCCCAAUCCAGCAGCACCCAGCAGAAGCAGACCCCGAAGCCGAAGCCGCCUCACUCGUGGACGUAGAAACCCGACGGCGCAAGGCCGAGCGCCGCGAGAGGCGCGAAGCGGUCAAACUCAGGCUCGCCGAGGCCGGGCUGGAAUGCAACUACAUCAACAUGCCAGCGGUGGGCGCCGACCCCAAUGAGCUGCAGUCGACGCCCGAGUGCGGCUGGAGGGAGUCAGGCGAAGAGGACAACGGCAACAGCGACGACGAUGACGAUGACGACGACGGCAACAGCCCGGAGAGAGGGGUGGUUCGCAAGAGGGCGUCGGAUAGUAGUGGGGAUAGGGGCGCGGAAGAACAUGGGGGAGAGGGAGAGGGAGAAGCCGUGGACGCUGCCGUCGAUGUAGCGGCCACCAUCAGGGAUGUUGUGGAAAUGUAUCAGGAGGUCGAGCAUACACAAUCGUUCGAACUCCUGUCUCGACGGGCGCCGCGGAAGUGUGUCGACGAAUCGGGCGUCGGUGAGUAUUGGGAGGUCUGA